GCAGCAGCAGACGGCAGCAGUCUACGUGAGUCAUGAAAACAUGAACGCUCACAACUUUCCAGGUGUUUGUUUGAGAUCCUGUAAGGUAGGUUAAACCUGCAGAGGAGUUUUAUGUUUAUAAAUUCGACGGAUGAUGUUAAGAUAGUCAGACAGAGUUAAACACUCAGAGAAAGGAAUGAACGUCAGAAUUAAUUAAGUUGCUGAUUUAGGUUAGCAGGCUAACUAAUCUAGCUAUGUCCGGGGACCGAGCCCCUGUCCCAUCCGGAGGGAACGGCCUCCUCCGGGGGAGUCGAACCAGAUCUUACGGCAGUCUGGUCCGGUCUCCGCUGUCCCCGGUCCGACAGAGACGCAUUGAACACAAACUUCAGCCGGGAGAAACCCUUCAAGGCUUGGCCCUGAAAUAUGGCGUGUCUAUGGAGCAAAUCAAGAGAGCGAACAGACUGUACACCAACGACUCCAUCUUUCUGAAGAAGUCCCUGUCGAUCCCCGUGCUGUCGGACUUGAAUCACUGCGGUAACGGGCUGGAUUUGGAUUUAGGGGACAGCGAGGACGACAGCCCUGGCGGCGCUUCUGCUCAAAACGGACGCGCGGUGGGGGGCACCUCUCGGGACAAACAAGACGACGGCAAAACAACAGGGCCAGACCUUACUCCGGUGGAUUUUUUGAAAAGGUUGGAUGACUUGAUUAAUCAAUCUAAAGAGGCUGCCGUCAGAGGAUGCCAGGGAGCAGAGCAAAGGGUUUCCGCCUUAGAAGCAGCUUGCAACAGCAGGCCAUCAGACAGGCGGCAGUUUACGAGAUCGCAGAGUGUCGCCUCGUCUUUCAGAACGCAGCAGCAGCAGCAGCAGCAGCAGCACGCGGCACACGGGACGCUACCGGCGACCAUCACCAAACUCACGAAGAAACUGAGAGACAGAGAGGACGAGAUCUUCCAGCUGUGAGACUUUGUUCCUGCCAUCUCCAGCGGAUCAUUAGAGACACUUUAAAAGGAAUAGUAAUAGAGCAUUAUGGACAGAGAAAUAUAACUCCUGUGAGGACGCCAGCUAAGACCUUUAGAAGGGGAAGUUCCUCUGAGGCUUAUUGCACUUUUACAGUUUAUUUAUUUUUUGAGACACACUGUAGAUUAUGAAACAGAUACGUGUGCUUGGCUUCUUUUAACAUCCUGGAAAUGUUAGAAAUGUGCCCUCACAUGUCGGUUUCAUCAUAUGACUUAUUACACGGUCAAUUGAACACGUGGUGGUCUGAGUGUUCUGCUACCUCACAGCGUCAGAUUGCAACACUGGCCGGGUACAAAAUAAAUCCCAUUCAUUGUGGGAUUUAAGAGCGGCUGUGAAGUCGACCCGUGUCUGCUACUGCUCCUGAGUUUGAUCCAUAAUGUAGCCAAAGAUUUAAAGGUCAUAUUAUACAAAAUACACCUCACACUGCUAUGUGUCCCUACUCCCUCUGUAAUCCCCCCCAGUGAUGAGAAAAGUUCAUCCUGCCAGCUCAGCCUGCUCCACUUUUCAGAAAGUGUGUGUUCAAACAGGCCGUUUGGAGAUGUUCAGGAGGAGGAUAUGAGACCUUUAAAAAAAAAAAAAGAAGGAACUUUUCGAGUAUUGUAGGAUACAUUUUUAAAGAAAGCGUUUUAUUUUUUAGUUAAAGGCGUAUUUUGUUAUUUCUUUAAAGCUUUUAUAGGUUGUAUUUUCAGAUUUUAAAACAAUGUUUUGAAGAUCUGAAGUCGUAGGAUACCAUGUUUCAGGUGGACGCACGCACGUUUUUAGCCCUCAUGAAGGGAACGCAAGAAACGACUGACUUUCAUUCACACUGCUCUUUAAACUGCCUCUAACUUUUUAGUUCAACUGUUUUUAGUUAAACUUUAUGUAUUAGUCUAAUCAAAGGCGUCAUGCCCAUUAAACCCCCUCAGAGUUUUUAAAAUCUGACAGUAUUUAUGGAAGAGUACUGAUUAAAAAAGCUAUGAAAAAU